CAUAAUCACUAAUCUUCUCUUUCCUCUCCCUAACCCUCACUACCUAUAUUUUAUGUAUACAACUCCAUCUCCACAAGUAAAUAGUCAAAGUUCAAACUUUUACCUUAUCUAUAGAUUCAUUUUUGGGUUAAAUCCAAUAAUUAUAUGGGUAGGUAGGUGGGUUCAAACAUCAAAGAGAGAGUGAUAACAAUACAAGAUGGAAUUUGAUGAAGAACAUGAAGACCAAGAAGAGGAAAUUGCUAAUAUUCCUCAAAUACCAACAACUGAGAAUAAUUACCAAGAACUUGGAGAAGGUGGUCCAAUUUCACAAGCAGCUGCAACUUUAAGAAAAAACAAUGUUCCUAUUCCAAGAUAUAGAGAGUGCUUAAAAAAUCAUGCCGUAGGUAUAGGUGGACAAGCUGUAGACGGUUGCGGAGAAUUUCUGCCCUCAGGUGAAGAAGGUACUUUAGAUGCUCUAAAAUGUGCUGCUUGUAAUUGUCACAGAAAUUUCCACCGUAAAGAAGUUGAAGGAGAAAUAUUAAACUUCCACCACCCUACCCCACCACCACCCAUCCUUCACCACCCACCCCACCACUACCCAUAUCGUUAUCAUCAAAGGCCAUUGGCAUUACCAUCAAUUUCUUCAAGAGAGGAUAUUGAAGAAUAUGUAUCUAACCCUAGUAGUAGUGGUGGGAGUGGUUCGAGAAAAAGGUUUAGGACAAAGUUCACACAAGACCAAAAGGAGAAAAUGUUUGCUUUUGCUGAAGGAUUGGGAUGGCGUAUUCAGAAGGAAAAUGAGGCAGCAGUGCAGCAGUUUUGUGCAGAGACAAAUAUUAGGAGACAAGUUUUCAAGGUUUGGAUGCGCAAUAACAAGAACACUCUUGGUAAAAAACCCUAAUUUAUUUUAUCUAGAAUAGUUAAUUAUCCUAAUUUGAUGAUCAUUUAGUUGAGAUUUAGAACUACUCAAGUUGGGUUUCUAGACCUUUUUAUUUAACCUUAUUUUUUUCUAUUUUUCCACUUGAAAUUCCAUUUGAUUUUUCACUUGUUCUUGUCCUUUUUUUCUUUUAGUGUUGUAUUCUUAGCUGGAUUUCCGUUUCCUAAACUGUCUGAGCAUCAACAUCUAAUUGUAUUAAAUUCUCUUAGUUAACUACUAGCUAUGUGAAUCUCUUAAAUGACUAUUAAAAUAUGGAGCUAUGUUCUUUCUGGCGUUUUUUUGGUUUCGUCAGCUAGCUUGUGCUUUACUAUCAUAUGAUCACAUUGAUGAAUUAUUUUGGUGAAGAUUUGGUGUACGUGUUCAACAUGCAAAUAAGGUUGCGGUUUCCUAUUUGUCAUCUUCUCUAGAUCUUUCACAUGUUCCAUUGUGCUGCGGCUUGCACAUUAUCAUCUGUAUCUCUUUAUUUUAGUUUUGAUAGUUUAUACUCCGUAACAGACUAUUUUGAGUUGAGGAAUCCGUUACUAAAAGCUGAUGGCCUUUGACUGCUUUAAUGUGUAAACUUGUUCUUCGAACAUAAACCAUACUGUCUCCUUCUAUAUGUAUCUUCUUCAUGUAUAAAUUCUC